GAGGCCUCUUGGCGUGGGACUACACGCUGCUGCGCCAUCUCAGAGCCCUAUCGAGACUACCACUCCCCGACGCCUUUGCGGUCAACAAGGGAGACUACACCUUCCAGAGGCCUCUGCGCCCCCGCGACCGGAAGCGGCGGGCGAGUCGAGUGUCCUUGCGCGCGGAUCUGAGCGACCAUGGUGGCCCGUGUGUGGUCGCUGAUGAGGUUUCUCAUCAAAGGCAGCGUGGCUGGGGGUGCCGUCUACCUGGUGUAUGACCAGGAGCUGCUGGGACCCAGCGACAAGAGUGAGGCGGCCCUGCGGCGGGCGGAGGAGGUGGUUCCGCCGGCCAUGUACCAGUUCAGCCAGUAUGUGCGCAAGCAGACGGGCCUGCAGAUCCCACAGCUCCCAGCCCCACCAAAGAUUAACUUUACCCUCCGGGAGUCCUGGAAUUCAGGCAUCAUCAAAGUGAUGUCAGCCCUGUCGGUGGCCCCCACCAUGGCCCUCGAGUACUCCAAGGAGGGCUGGGAGUAUGUGAAGGAGCGCACCAAGUAGCAGGUCAACACAAGCUGAAGCCCACCCUGGCACAACAGGGGCAGGGACGCCAAAGACUCAGCUCUGCACUGGGACCCCACUCUGAGGGCAGCUCCUGGCCUUGCCGGCCCAAUAAAGGACUUUGGAAGUGUU